CUCUCACACAGCCCAACCUCCUCACGCAGCCUCACCUCCUCAAACAUCCCCACCCUCUCACACAGCCCCACCUCCUCAGACAGCCUCACCUCCUCACACAUCUCCACCCCCUCACAAAGCUCUAACACUUCCGUCUACUCUGUCAUUAAACCCCACCUGCCAGAAUUCCUUUGCCACAAUGCCACUGCCCCUCCCACUUCCCCCUGAAAGCCCUGCCCUCAUGCCCAACCCCACUUCUAUCCUCAAUUCUCCAACCACCUCCACCUCUCAGUAUGCUCUAGACACACUUCAGCUUCACUUGCUUGGUGAAUCCCUCCAUCCUCAGCAGAUGACCUUUGACCUUGACCCAGUAGGUGGUGCUGAUCUGUGUAAAGGAGCUGCUGAUGGAGAGUCAGCUGUGUGUGUGUUUAGACUGUGGCCUGCGUGUCCAUCUCGCUUGGCAUUAAUUACAGCUCUGAUUGCAUUCUUCAUCAUCGUCAGCAUCAUCAUCAUUGUUACAGUGAGGUUUGUGUCUUUCCCGACAAAAAUGAGAAACAACAGUAGCUCCUGUGACAGAAAGUGGAACUGCAGCCUGAUGCCAGUGCCUUCAUACUUACCUGAACUUCCUGUUAAUCAAACAUUGACCACUUCCUCAGACUGCACUGGUCCAGUGGAGGUUUUGGAGCGGAUCGUGGGCGGGAGUGUGGCCCGGCAUGGCCAAUGGGCAUGGCAGGCCAGCCUGCAGUGGAGAGGCCAGCACAUGUGUGGGGGGGCAAUAAUUACCCCAAACUGGGUCAUAACUGCUGCUCACUGCUUCACUGAGUAACACACACACACACACACACACACAUAUAUAAAUAUAUAUAUAUAUAUAUGACUCAAUCCCAUAAUGUUUCUGUCUCUCUGAGGUAUGAACUAACGCUGGAAGCUGAUUGGCAGGUUGUGGUCAAUACAGUCAUGGUGUCUGAUUUGUCACACGGUCAGCGCUACAACACACUGCGCAUACUAACACACCCCAAAUACUCAAAAGAAACCAAUGACUACGACCUUGGCCUGCUGCUCACACACACUGCCAUGAGGAUGGGGGACAGUGUGCGACCUGUGUGUUUGCCAGUUGUUCCUCAAUCAUUCCCUGUCGGCUUGUCCUGCUGGGUCACAGGGUGGGGCUCCACCCAUGAAGGAGGCUCAGUGUCGGCUCAGCUCAGACAGGCACAGGUUCAAAUUAUUAAUCAGACAGUGUGCUCUCGUUCCUCAGUCUAUGGUUCCUACAUCACUCCCAGAAUGCUUUGCGCUGGGGACAUGAAGGGCGGAGUCGAUGCCUGCCAGGGGGACAGUGGGGGGCCCCUGGUAUGUGAGAUGGCUGAUGGGGAUUGGCGGCUGGCUGGUGUGGUCAGUUGGGGUGAUGGAUGUGCACGGCCAAAUAAACCUGGAGUUUAUGCACGAGUGACAUCACUACUGCAGUGGAUUAAACAACACACACAGGAAGGGGAGGCAAGUGGAUCAGCAGGCAGCACAGUGAUGCCUUAUACAUCUCUAUAACAGUUGAAAUGUUGUAUUAAUGAGUUAUAAACAUAUCAUUAGCUUUAAUAUGUUGUGUUUGGAGGAACUGUGGGAAUGUCCUGUCCUGAACACUAGCACAGGCUAAAUGAUGUUUUGAUAUCCUUUUCUUUUAUGUAGAAUAAUUCAUUAUUUGCUUAUUGACUGAUUAAUCACAUAACCUUUUUGAGAUAUCUCAGGUGUGUUUGAUGUAUGAGGUAUGACCCAUUAUUAAAUAUACUUUUAUUAGAGUAUUAUAAAUCACACAGUGUUAUUCACACAAAACUGUGUGUGUGUUUUAGUGUAGUAACAGUAGUUUCAGUUUAAUUAUUUCUAGAAUUUUCGGUAGCCUAUGUGUUUUAGGUGUUCUCUG